UUUUUUUUUUGCAAAAAGCAGAGAGGGAAAAAAGGAGAGUGAAGGAGCAAGGAGGCGAGCCUGAGAGAAAGGAGACAGAAAAGAAAGGGCGAGGGGCUAGUGGAGAAUUGAGGAGGGGCACGCGGCGAGAGGCGGAGAGGGGGAAGCAACCGCGGCUCUGGCGCUCACAUUCCUCUAUGCUACAAAUCCGGGAGGAAGUUUUUUUGGGGGGCUGAGAUGCUCCAUGCCUUUCCCCGGGCAGCCUUGACACGCGGCCCUCUCGGCAGAGACUGAACGGCGAGAAAGUGCGAGCCGGGCCGGCUGGGUGUGCGUGGCGGGCACUGGAGCCUGCCUUACUAGCGGCCCGCAGCCGUCCGGCUACUUUGCGUUUGGCCGGGCCGGCGCCCCGGCGCGCCGCGCCGUUGCCUGCAGGCUAGGACUUCGAGAGGUGGGUCGACUCCCCCUCCCUCCUCCUCUUCUUCCUCCUCUUCCUCCUCCUGUCGGUCCUCCUCCUCCUCCUUCCGAUUUUCCCUCUUUGGCUGGCGAGGGUGGGGGGGGCGGGGGAGGCCGGGGCUCGCCCCGAGCAGCCACGAUGCUCCUGGACGCCGGCCCCCAGUACCCAGCGAUCGGCGUGACCACCUUUGGCGCGUCCCGCCACCACUCUGCGGGCGACGUGGCCGAGCGAGACGUGGGCCUGGGCAUCAACCCGUUCGCCGACGGCAUGGGCGCCUUCAAGCUCAACCCCAGUUCUCAUGAACUGGCUUCGGCCGGCCAGACGGCCUUCACGUCGCAGGCACCGGGCUACGCGGCAGCUGCGGCCCUGGGCCAUCACCAUCACCCCGGCCACGUCGGCUCCUAUUCCAGCGCAGCCUUCAACUCCACGCGGGACUUUCUGUUCCGCAACCGGGGUUUUGGCGACGCGGCGGCGGCAGCCAGCGCACAGCACAGCCUCUUCGCUGCUUCGGCUGGGGGCUUCGGGGGCCCACACGGCCACACGGACGCCGCGGGCCACCUCCUCUUCCCUGGGCUUCACGAGCAGGCUGCCGGCCACGCGUCGCCUAACGUGGUCAACGGGCAGAUGAGGCUCGGCUUCUCGGGGGACAUGUACCCACGACCCGAGCAGUACGGCCAGGUGACCAGCCCGCGUUCCGAGCACUAUGCUGCGCCGCAGCUGCACGGCUACGGGCCCAUGAACGUGAACAUGGCCGCGCAUCACGGCGCCGGCGCCUUCUUCCGCUAUAUGCGUCAACCCAUCAAGCAAGAGCUCAUCUGCAAGUGGAUCGAGCCCGAGCAACUGGCCAACCCCAAAAAGUCGUGCAACAAAACUUUCAGCACCAUGCACGAGCUAGUCACGCACGUCACCGUGGAGCACGUAGGUGGCCCGGAGCAGAGUAACCACAUCUGCUUUUGGGAGGAGUGUCCUCGCGAGGGCAAGCCCUUCAAAGCUAAAUACAAACUGGUUAACCACAUCCGCGUGCACACGGGCGAGAAGCCCUUCCCCUGCCCCUUCCCUGGCUGUGGCAAGGUCUUCGCACGCUCCGAGAACUUAAAGAUCCACAAAAGGACGCACACAGGGGAGAAGCCCUUCAAGUGCGAGUUUGAGGGCUGUGACCGGCGCUUCGCUAACAGCAGCGACCGCAAGAAGCAUAUGCACGUGCACACGAGCGACAAGCCCUAUCUUUGCAAGAUGUGCGACAAGUCCUACACGCACCCCAGUUCGCUGCGCAAACACAUGAAGGUCCACGAAUCCUCCUCGCAGGGCUCGCAGCCUUCGCCGGCCGCCAGCUCAGGCUAUGAGUCCUCCACGCCUCCCACCAUCGUGUCUCCCUCCACAGACAACCCGACCACCAGCUCCUUAUCGCCCUCCUCCUCUGCAGUCCACCACACAGCUGGCCACAGCGCACUCUCUUCCAAUUUUAACGAAUGGUACGUUUAAAAUCAGAAACAAAACACCGAACAAAACCCUAUUUAAGAGACUGAUCACACACGUAUAUACAACAUUACUGAAAGAACCCUGCGAAUCGAAACAGCCCCACAGACCCCGCAAUCCUUUUUUAAAAAUCUGCCAAUAGACCCAGGACGAGUAAGAGAGGAAGCAUCAAUCUUUUAAAAAUUUCCUUUCGCUUUCAGAAUUUUUCUUUUUUUGGCAAAGGCUUGGUACCCAAGGUGCGGUAGGGGGUCGAGGGGAAGGAGGCCGCCUGACCAAAUGCCGCCAACCCCGAGGGCCAGUUUCUUGUCGGAUCGGAACGGGCUCUCUGGGGCUUCGGCUUUUUUUUUUCUUUGUGCUCUUGUAAAUACAGAAUUAUUAGCUUAAAA